AUGCGCUUCAGUAGAAAGGGUAAACAUAGACCCUUGGGGAUUGCCUAUGCUGAGUUUAAAACUCAAGAGCAAGCUCAGCUUGCUAUUAAAGAUUUCGACGGUGCUUUGGUUAAUGGGAAAAGGAUAACAAUCAAGACUUCUAAUCCGUAUACACCACGCACUCACCGAUUAAAUUUUAUCUGGAAACCAAGAUCAAAAAAAGCUGUAAAGCCUGGUCCGUUAUUUGAAGAAGAUUUCCAGUCUUUAGCUGAAAACAACAACAACAACAACAACAACAACAACAACAACAAUACUAAUAAUAUUAAUAACAAUAAUGCAGAGACAACCUCCUUCUCCGAGUCUGUUGGCGAGUCGUCGCAAACAAACUCAAACUCAAACUCAAACUCAAACGUGUUGCCAAAUACAAUCCUUAUUCCAAAAGCUCGAGGAGUAGUCUCAGAAGGUACAGUUCAAGAAUUUUUCAAAGACUAUUCCCCCAGUAAAAUCACCAUUCUCAAUAAUAAGAAAUCUAGAAUAAAUCCAAUUAAUCUUACUGGGUCCUCUGUAAGUGUUUUGGCUAGGUUCGAUUCUUCUGACUUCCAUUUGGAUGACGUUAUUGCAAAAUUAAAGUUGCAAAAAUUGAACGGAAAACGCGUUGAAUUAAAGUCUGUUAAUAGGACAAAAGCUGAGGAAUUGGAAAGAGCUGCUAUCAAGUUAACAACACUUUCCAAAUUAUCUGAUGCAAGCACCACCAACAGAAACUUAUUGGCUGCAAACAUUGAUGAUGAUGAUGAUGAUGAUGAUGAUGAUGCUGCUGCUGCUGCUGCUGCUACCACGUCAAAUAUUUCAAGAAGAGAUGGAUCAGAAAUAGUAUCAGCAGAACAGAGAAGCCAAGAGGAUGACAUUGGUCACGUUCAAGAUCUUACAAGUAGUUCAAACUUUACAGAGCCAAUCGUGUCUUCCAAUCCUGCUACACCCAUUUGCUAA